AUGACCCUCAAACAAAAGCCCAAGCAACAAGAAUCCCCCGUUAAAUGGGAUCUGGGGAAACCGGCGAAUCUCCGCCAAAACGCCGACGCCGACACCGCUCGGAGGGCUAAUGCCGAGGCCACACCGCGGGGGCAUUUUCCUUGUAGAUCAUCAACCGCAGCUAUGUUCACAGGUCUUGUUGAGACGAUUGGGACUGUCACGGCCUUGGAACCCAUCGAUACCUCGUCGAGCGGGGGCGGGGGAACGUCGCUCACCAUCUCCGACUGUGAGGAGAUCCUCACCGACGCGCACCUGGGGGAUAGUAUCGCAGUGAAUGGAACAUGUCUUACGGUCACUGCAUUCGAUAAGACCUGGUUCAAGGUUGGCUGUGCGCCGGAGACGCUGCGACGCACAAACCUGGGUUCCUUACAGGCGAAUUCCCACGUGAACCUCGAGCGCGCCGUUUCGGCCGAUACCCGGAUGGGAGGACACUUUGUGCAAGGCCAUGUCGAUACCGUUGCGGAGAUUCUGUCUGUCACGCCAGAUGGAAACUCAAUGGUGUUCCGGCUGCAGCCGCGCGAUAGAGAUAUUCUGCGCUAUGUCGUGGAAAAGGGCUACGUGACCCUUGAUGGUGCUAGCUUGACUGUCACCAAGGUUGUCGAUGGACAGGACGGAUACUGGGAGGUUAUGCUCAUUGCCUACACGCAGGGGAAGGUGGUCACUGCGGCGAAAAAGCCCGGUGACCUUGUCAAUGUCGAGAUCGAUAUCGUGGGCAAAUAUGUUGAAAAGAGCGUGCAGGGAUACUUUGCUGGUACCUCCGGUGGAGAUUUCGCUAUCUUGGAGAAGAUGGUGCACAGGAUCGUCGAUGAAAAGCUCAAGAAAUAGACCAGAGUUACGCAUCACGAAUCUUCGCCAUUCAAAGUCAUUGCAAUAUUCGGUGAAGGCAAGGCAAAAUGUGUCAUCCUUAGCUUUCUACACCCUAGAAUGAAUAAAUCAGUACAUAUGUACAUUUGGAAAA